GACACGAACUGAGCGAUUCGAGUCAGUUCAACCACAACACCCCAGAGUACGCAGUGCAUUAUUGGAGUUGAUUACGAUGUCGUCUCCAUUCCAUCGCCGUCCUUUUCCCGACUAUCUCUUCGCCUCGCCUCUCGCCGCGUUCCUCUACCCUCUCCACCACCUGCUAUCACAACUUCGCGGCCCUCCUCGAUUGCCUCCUCCAGACGCCCGUCCGAUUCGGGUUGUUUGCAUCUCCGAUACUCACACGUUAGAAUUGGCCGAUGUGCCUGACGGAGACCUCCUAAUCCACGCAGGGGACUUGUGCAACGACGGCAGUGCCAAGGAGAUUCAAGCCGCUGUCGACUGGCUGCGCAAGCUUCCUCAUCCACAGAAGGUUGUCAUCUGCGGCAAUCACGAUAGCUAUUUUGAUAUCCGGUCGAGGCGCUUCGAAGACCGCGACCAGUCCCUCGCGACCGUCUCUUCAUCCACAGCCUCCCUCCGCUCUGUUGACGAUUUCGACUUCCCGCACUGUAUCGACUGGGGUGAUAUCCACUACCUCCAACAUUCCUCUGUCACCGUAACUUUCCCUCCUCUUCCUCAAACUCCUUCCUCUUCUUCUGCUCUACUAGCCUCUCGGCCGCGCUCACUUACUAUCUACGGUGCGCCCCAAAUACCCGCCAUUGUGCCGUUCGGCCCCGAACACGCAUUUGCCUACCCUGCCCAUCAUGACGCGUGGUCGGGGACUAUCCCCCCCAACACCGACAUCCUGGUUACCCACACUCCCCCACAAUCCCAUUUAGAUCUCUCUCCUGUCUUUUCGACCGGGUGUCCGUUCCUCUUGUCAGAAGCCUGGCGCAUUCGCCCCGCACUUCACGUUUUUGGGCACGUCCAUGCUGCAUAUGGCCGGGAGCCUGUUUACUGGGAUGAGGCUCAGAAAGCGUGGGAGCGAAUCUGCAGUUCUCGUCGGCCUCGUGCGCGGAAAUCGCGCUUCAGCUCGCUUUUUGGGCUUCUGCGCGAUUUGCUUGACGUUCCCGGCUGGGUUGACGCCGCCCAAGUGCUUGCGUACGGCGUACUAGGGGUGAUAUGGGCCAAAGUCUGGGGCGGCGAGAACCGGGGGGGAUGGAUGGUCAAUGCAGCAUGCAUGUACCGGGAUUCUGGUCGGCUGGGAAAUAAGCCGCAAGUGGUAGUUUUGUAGCAUUUUGACUUACAGUAUCUCACCAGCUG